AUAAAUUUUAAAUUUUUUUCUAAGGUUUAUGAAUAUUAUUGUCAAAGCUUUGAUUUCUUACCAUAGAUUCAAGACUUGGAUUAAACAAUGAGUUCACAAACAGAUCUGAAAUCGCUAUUAGAAAGUCUAAACCAUUAUAUGGACAACCAUUUAAUGGAAAUGCGGUUAUCUAUCGGUGCUCUCGGACUGAUUGGUGCGGGGAUUGCAUUAAGAAGUAUAAGAUUCACAGACUUUUGAACAUAUCGUUGGCAGCCAUCAAGCCGUCAAUUUCGGGCACAUUUUGGCUUAAAUUGAAUGUUGAGAACAAAAUAGUUUGGUUUAAAGCCAUUAAUAGACUCGACGGCGACAUUAAAUGUCUCGUUUCCAACGAAAAGAAGGUAUUGUUUAAAAAGAGUAUAAAUGCAGAACUGGUGGAGAGAGGACUCGCAACUGUUGGACCAUUCGAUCAGUCAUUAAACCGAAACAAGUCUUAUAGGAAUUUGUAUAAAAACGUGUUGACGAGUGAGAAGAAAGCUCAACGAAAUAAUAAAGGCGUUUGGUAUACACCAACCAAAUUGGAUAUCAUUCGCAAUCGUGUGGACAACACUAUUAUCUCAAUUAAAAAGUUAAGGAAUGUAUUUGGAUUUUAG